AAUCCGACAACAAGAGAUCAAUGGUGGAAAUCGACAACAAAAAGUCCAUGGUGGAACCCGACAACGACAGGCCAAACAGGUCAAUGGUGGAAAUCGACAACAAGAGAUCAAUGGUGGAAUCCGACAAAAACAGGUCCAUGGCAGAACCCGACAACAGCUUACCCGACAAAGUCGACCACGACAGCACCUUAUCCAGGAAUUAAGUCUUCUACCUGCGGAUGUGAGGACGAAAGUUUAAUAAGAGGAGUGAACUACUGGCUUGAUGUUGUAUUCGUUGUGGACUCAACAGACGUUGUGCGUGACGAGGAUUUUUAUGACAUAAAAACGUUUAUUUCCUUAUUUGGAAACCUUCAAAUUGGCACGGCGAGUUACGGAGACCCAAGAUAUUCCCGAAUCGCUAUUGUGAACGCAGGUGCUGAGGCAGAAACAAUUGCUGACCUUGACCGCUUCGAGAGCGGAACAGAUUUAAAAAAUGCAGUGGCACAAGAGUUGAACAAAAAGGGAGGGACGAAAUUCAAUAUUCAAGCAGGAAAAGUUAAUUUGACGAGGAGUGAGAAGAAAGUGGAUGGAAUGUGCAGCCUUGCUGCCUAUCUACAAGAAACGACAACAUUAAUCACCAUAGGACUUAAGAUGGCCGGCACUAAGAAUUUUCCACAAAUCGAUAUAGCAGACAACUGCAACCGCUUCGAAAACUCAGUUGAUAUGAUGAUGAACGUCUUACGAGCAUUUUGCAGAGCUAACUGUCAUUGUCCAACGUCAUACAAACAGUUCGCAACUGAAGACCGAUGUGAGCCUUCCGGAGAAUGCGUUGCAGUCCACCAGUUGUCUCUACCAUACAGAUCUGCAACUGAAAUUUGUCACCAAGACGGAGCUGUCGUAGCGGACGCAGCGACUUAUAAGAAAGAGCGUUUCCUUCAAUCACUGCAUGCAACUGCAACCUUUUCACCUUUCUGGAUCGGACUGAAUUAUAUUAACGGAAAAUAUGUCUGGAGUAAUAAUGAAACUCUAAAUUAUUAUGACUACAACAACUGGUGCACCGCCGACUACCAGCCAAAAAUCAGUAGUGGUAAAAAUUGUGUUUAUGAAGACCGUUGCGGUGAAUAUGCAACAGGAUGGUUUACUGCCGAAUGUGGGAUGAUGUUACCAACAUAUUAUUUUGCUUGUCAGAAGAAUGCUUGUUCUGUAAACAGCUACUGUGAGUGA